AUGUACGGCCGCUCGGGGGCCGCCACUCUGCAUGGUGUUCCUUCUGGACCAAGAAACGUCAUCUCCAUUGUGAAUGAGACAUCUGUGACUCUGGAGUGGCACUCUCCGCGCGAGACAGGCGGCCGUGAUGAUGUCGUGUAUAAUAUUAUUUGUAAGAAAUGCCAGGCGGACCGUCGUUCCUGCUCCCAUUGCGAUGAUAACGUUGAGUUUCAGCCCCGGCAGCUGGGACUGACCGAAUCCAGAGUCUUCAUCAGUAACCUGCUGGCACACACUCUCUACACCUUUGAGAUCCAGGCGGUCAACGGCGUCACCAACAAGAGCCCGUAUCCUGCCCAGCAUGUCUCCAUAGACAUCACAACCAACCAGGCUGCUCCGUCCAUUGUUCCCAUAAUGCAUCAGGUCAGUUCGACGAUGAAAAGCAUCACGUUGUCAUGGCCACAGCCUGAACAGCCCAAUGGAAUUAUUCUCGAUUAUGAGCUGCUCUACUAUGAGAAGGAGCUGUCUGAGGUGAACUCCACACAGGUGAGGAGUCAGACGAACACGGCUCGUGUGGAUGGAUUACGGCCGGGCACCAUGUACGUGAUGCAGGUUCGCGCCAGGACGGUUGCCGGUUUCGGCAAAUACAGCAGCAAAAUGUGCUUCCAAACCCUCACAGAUGACGACUAUAAAUCAGAGCUGAGGGAGCAGUUGCCGCUGAUUGCGGGCUCAGCCGCGGCUGGAGUGGUCUUCAUUGUGUCUCUGGUGGCAAUAUCUAUAGUCUGUAGCAGGAAACGAGCUUACACUAAGGAGGCCGUAUACAGUGACAAACUCCAGCACUACAGCACCGGAAGAGGUGAGUUCGGGGAGGUGUAUAAAGGUCGACUGAAACUACCUGGAAAACGAGAGAUCUACGUUGCCAUCAAAACACUGAAAGCAGGCUAUUCUGAGAAGCAGAGACGUGACUUCCUGUCCGAGGCAUCAAUCAUGGGGCAGUUUGACCACCCCAACAUUAUCCGCCUGGAGGGUGUGGUCACCAAGAGCCGACCGGUCAUGAUCGUCACAGAGUUCAUGGAGAACGGGGCGCUCGACUCCUUCCUUAGGCAAAAUGAUGGGCAGUUCACAGGGAUCCAGUUGGUGGGGAUGCUGAGGGGAAUUGCUGCUGGCAUGAAGUACCUGUCGGAGAUGAAUUACGUCCACCGAGACCUGGCCGCCCGCAACAUCCUGGUCAACAGCAACCUCGUGUGCAAGGUGUCGGACUUCGGCCUGUCCCGUUAUCUGCAGGAAGACACCUCUGACCCCACCUACACCAGCUCACUGGGUGGAAAGAUCCCUGUGAGAUGGACCUCGCCGGAAGCCAUCGCGUACAGGAAGUUCACUUCUGCUAGUGACGUCUGGAGUUACGGUAUCGUCAUGUGGGAGGUGAUGUCUUUUGGCGAGAGGCCCUACUGGGACAUGAGCAACCAAGAUGUGAUCAAUGCUAUAGAGCAGGAUUACAGGCUGCCGCCCCCCAUGGACUGUCCCACUGCUCUCCACCAGCUGAUGCUUGACUGCUGGCAGAAAGAUCGGAACGCUCGGCCGCGCUUCACGGAUAUCGUCAAUACGCUCGACAAACUCAUCCGCAACCCCACCAGCCUUAAAGCAGUCGCCAGUAUACCCACUAUUCCGUCCCAGCCAUUGUUGGACAGGUCCAUCCCAGACUUCACCACCUUUAGUUCUGUAGAAGACUGGCUGGCCGCCGUCAAGAUGUCUCAGUACAGAGACAACUUCCUCAACUCUGGCUUCACAUCCCUACAGCUGGUCACCCAGAUGACUUCAGAGGACCUGUUGAGGAUAGGUGUGACUCUAGCCGGCCAUCAGAAGAAAAUCCUCAACAGCAUUCAGUCCAUGCACCUGCAGAUGUCCCAGUGCCAGACAGGCACAGCGCUGGCAUGACUACAGGGGGCGCCGGACGACGGGCCGGGCAACUUGCGGAAGAAUUACCAGCGGGUGAGCCCAAUCCCAUCGGAGCGCGCCAGAAUAGAGACUAUCAUCCUGAUCUGAUAACGUGUUUCAGGAGAGGAACCAUUAUCCCAUAUCCAACAGACCAGAUCGGAACAGGACCGCCGGGACUCACAGGGCAUCUGUUAACCUCUUCAGUCUACAUUUACAGGGAAAACCGAAGAAGCGGAUUCUUUUUGUCCUCUUCUCAUCAUUAAUUACCUUUACGAUGCUUAUCCAGAAAUCACAGUGACUGCUCAGAUUCCGAGACGUCUUGCAUCGUUUUCUACAAGGUUCUUUCGUUCUUCUUUUUCCCCGUUUUUUUUCCCCACUAUAAACCUUCUAUCCUCACUGCUUCCCACUUACACUACCUGUCGAUUUCGAUAUGGCUGACGUUGCCAAAGGACAUCCUGUAUGCCUGCGUCCCAUCCCUAGGUCAUACGAGCGUAAAUUAUGUAUAUCUUUAAAUAAAUACGAGUUUAUCUUCAGAGUAAACCUUCAUAUUGAAGGUGAAGUGUAACGGACCUGUAUGUAAAUACCCUCUUCUUCCGCUUGCAUUUUUGGCAAUGUUGCGUGUUGGACAAGAACCGCCGAUUCUGCAGGACACGAACUCACUUACGUCAGCGCGACGCCACGAGAACAAUCUGGGAUGAACUCUGACUCUGUCGAUGUUGUGUAAAUAUCAGUUAGUUGUGUAUAAACUAGCGUUAAAAAGAUAUACUUUAGGUGAAAAAAGCUACGCAUUCAGGCCACUAAACAGUGUUUAUUGUAGGUGUUUCCACGCUGAUGAGCACUUACGUGUACAGCUUUUCUUUCUUCCACCUCUUCUUCUACUUCUUCUAGUUGUUCUUGUUAGUUUCGUGUCAGAGUGUUUGAAUGCGUCGACUAGCGUUGGGAAGGUGCAUCGUCACCGCCUAAACUAGCUAAUACACUUAAAUGUAGUUCCACUGUUAAUAAGCUGUACUAAUGUUGGUCUUACAGGGUCUUUAAAACUAACGCUAAUCUGUUUCCAAGCAUGUGUUUACAUGAUAAGCCAACAGAAAGGUUGCAGGCAGGAAACGAAGAGACUCGCGAAACCGCUGCCCUUCACCACUUUUAUCAGGCCGAGUCACUCUCUCGGCUCCAGAUGCUUCUCGAUGACAUUGCUAAAUGCGGUACAUGUUCUUUCAUGUCAUCAGCUCUCCAUUUAUUUGUGUGUGUGUCUGGACUGAACAUCUGUGUGACCCCUUAUGAACAGAUGCCUAACGCCACCCCAUUGAGCACAUUCUACUUAAGCAGUCAGUUAAGCACUGUGUAACGCACAAACACACACACACACACACACAUAUUCUGUUGAUGGCUUUGGGCUGUUCCUUUUUGGUUGCCUUGGAGAAAUAGCAUCAACUGAAUGCUAAUAAUAAUAAUAAUUAAAGAUUAUUAUUAUUAAAGGUAACACUAUACAUUAAGGUCCAAGUUAUCAAUAUUAUAUUCAUGCGUUAUAUAUAACAUUUAACAAUACUUUUUAAACCAUUUUUUAAUCUAGAUUAAUGUUAAAGUCUAAAACUACUAAAACAUUCAGGUUGUAUUAAUGAACAUGAACAUAUUACAUUAAUCUAGAUUAGUAGAUGCCAUAAAAAAAUGCUAAUUGUUCAUAUGCAUGAACUUGUUAAUGAAGUUAACUUUAUUAAGUGUUACAAAUAACAUUAUUAUUUUAUUUAUUUUAUUAAUGUAGUACCAUUCAUAGCUAAAAUGUAGCUAAAAAUUGCCUACAAAUAAUACAAUAUCAUUUUAUUUUUAAAAAAUUGAACAACUAGAAGUGAAAAAUAAUAAAUAAAUCAAAAGUGAAUUUAAAUGUUAAAAAAAUAUAUGUAAUUACUUAAAGAGACCUAAAAUACUCAAACGCCAACUUAAAAGUAAAAAUAAUAAAACUAUGAAUGAUUGGGAGCUUGCCUAAUCUUUGUGUGCUGCAAAUGUUGGCUUUUAUGAUAAAAUCACUUGCAGCAUUCCUCAUUACAAGUGUUGUAAAUGAAUACAUAUAAAAGUAAUUGUUAAAAUGUUCCAGCUUUUGGGGUCAUAAUGGCUAAAAGCAGCUCCACAGGAUCUCAUAAGGUUUAACAUUAAAGGACCCCAAUGUAAGAUUUCAAACAUAAUGGUUUGUAGAGGUUAGCAGCUGUACCAUUCAUUUGCCUGAUGUGAAUGUGUGUGUGUAAUGAAUAAGCUGCUACAUUGCCUGUAAGUUAAUGAGACUCAUGGUUUAUGGUUAUUCUCUGCGAGCAACAUGCAACACACACACAAUCAUCACACAGAUAUACCCAAGGUUUUGCACCUAAUUGGCUACAAUGAAUUUCACCAUGGCAACCAAAGAGCGUAUUGGCUCUUUGUUGAGGAUGACACACUUUUACAGCUUCUGCCAAGAGGCAUAUUCAUUUUAUGCACACACACACACCUCAGCUGUAUUACAUUAAAGAAAGUGAAUCUGUUCCUCCAUACGACGGUAGUAGAGAUAAUGUCUGGCUCUAUAAAAGCAUUAGCGCGAGAUGAAGACAUCUUCCUUUCUGCCUCUGUGUAAAGGCAGCUCAAUUAAUGAUCACAAAGUAUCGUCCCCAUGGCCCGCGUCCAGCUCGUUCACGGCAGGGCGUAACCAAGCUGUCCGGUGUCCUGCCGUAUGGCCCAGCUGAAAAAUGGCUGACUUGCGCUCAAAGCCGUAGAUACGCUGGGGAGGGCGGAGCAUGCUGGGAUACCUGCGGGUACAGCACACAAACUGAGGAGAGUGA